AUGAAUGCCACUGAGGAUCUAGGCUGGCUCGACUCUCCUUCCGUGCUAAACAGCACCGUUGAGCGACUAAAGACCGUCAAAGCUCUGGGCAUUGAUGCCGGAAUCGAUUUCCACGGCAGAGUACACAAGGCCAUGGCACUACAACUUGCUCAAAAAUUACUUCCCCAUGAACCCCUGUUUAUCGAAGAGCCUCUACUCUCUGAACACCCGGAGGGAAUUACCCUACUUUCUCAACAAGUCGCCAUUCCGAUCGCUCUUGGAGAGAGACUCUAUAGCCGCUGGGAUAUCAAACCAUUCCUUGAAAAUGCUUCUGUCAGUAUCUUGCAGCCCGAUAUAUGCCACGUCGGUGGCAUAUCGGAGCUGCGCAGGAUAGCUACUAUGGCUGAGGCAUAUGAUGUUGCUAUUGCUCCUCACUGUCCAUUGGGUCCCAUUGCCCUGGCUGCUAAUCUACAAGUCGAUGCCGUGACUUCGAACUUUGCUAUUCAAGAGAUGAGUCUGGGAAUUCACUAUAAUGCCGGGUCUGCGGAUAUUGAGACAUAUAUCGAGAAUCCGGAGGUCUGGAAAAUUGUUGACGGUUUAAUCAAUUUGAUGGACGGUCCUGGUCUGGGUAUUGAUAUUGAUGAAGAAAAGGUUCGAGCAGCGUCGGUGAAUGCAAAGGCAUGGCGCAGUCCGAGUUUCCAAGGGCCUGGCGGAGAGUGGAGAGAGUGGUAA